AUGGAGAUGUUUCUUCGCACGUCUCGGUAUCUUACCGGUGACCAUAAUACCCUAUUUGGCAAAACAAAGGAAGCAAUAUCAAGGCACGUAGACGUACCCUGCGCUGCAUUCAAUGGCGUCUCUACUUGUCCAUCUACACGAUUUCCUGCAAAGCUGGCUCUCGCCGCCAGAAGAGCGCUAUCAUAUCGUUACGUGACUCACUGGGUCCUCUGCUUCAGUAAACUGUUUGUCUUUUUCGGUGGAUGGAGAGUUAUUGGCGAGUGGAGUGGAAGCGCCGCUCUCUACAAAGGCCACCAUUUGCUCGUUGACAAUCUGACGAGCGGAUUUGAUCUCUACGCAUUUCCUCAUUCUUCGACUAGCCAGACAUUCCCUGUUCCGAUGACUCGGGAGCGCAGCAUCAUCAAAGAUGCUGUUUUUGCAGAAGACGGUCAAGUCGUGGUUUGUGGAAGCGACCAUGGGGCUGCAUAUGUAUUUUCGUGUUUGAACGGAGGCAAGAAGCCAUUGCAGAUUAUGUAUCAUGGCAAAGAUCGUGAUUAUUUGCAGGUAUUGGAUGCUGCCACGGUAUCAGAUCGGCAUAUGGUUGCCACCGGAUCGUCUGGAAGAAACGGGAGCGUCGUCUUGUGGGAGAAGCCAGUGAAACAACUGAGCAAGACAGAACGUGAUCUGGCCGACGCCAAAGACAAGAUUCAGUUCCUUAUUUUUGCCUUCAUUAUCUGGGCAUCGUGGUCGCAUCUUCCGGCUUUGUAUGACAUAGGUGUUGGAUUGGGUGCUGAGCUGGGUGCAGUACGCGAUGGAUUGCUUCUUGGUUAA